AUGCCCUACUACGAUUUAAUACUUAAUAGGAGAUUCCCCGCUCCUCUUGAAAAUGGGUUCCUACCUGGGGCGCCUGGUUAUAGCGAUCGCGCGCGCUUGGCUUUUCGCCGCGCGAUCUCUUGUUUAGACAUUAGGCUUGCUGUUGACGAGCUCACCUAUGAGCUUUAUGCUCCCAACCAUUUUGCUCGCCAGUUUGGUCUUAUCCAAUUGGUGUCAUUCCCCCUCUAUGAUGCCUGGAAUUACAACACCUCUUGGCGCAGAAUUGGUCCCUUAACUGGACCUCCGCCCGCACAAAGCAUGCUUGCAUUAGUCGAUCUCCCUGCCUGGCAUAUUCGUUGUUUCCCUGAUCAUUCUCACCUUCAAACCCUUAACUCAACGUUCAUAGCAGGGACGCGCACCGUCCUCGAGCAUCGCGCCGCGGGUGUUCCUCCGGCCACUGGCCCGGCCGCUAAACAGAAAGCAAAGCUGAGCAAGCCAGAAGUAGAGGACACUUCCUCAGAUGAUGAUGAUCCUCAAACUAUUGCUGCUGCUUUAGCGCGCAAACGUAGUCGCGCUGAAUUCCGGACCGAUCCUUGGGCAACAGAUGAACCAAUCGCUGAUCGACUGGUUCGUCGUAAGUUUUCGGGGCAAGUUGGGGAAGGUUCCUCUGUUGCCGGCGAGGGUGUGUCUGGCACGCCAACCCAAGAAAACAAUGGUGACUCUCCCUCUGCAAUCAAUGCUGCAAGUAACAUGCAAUUGGUUGUAGUUCUAGCGCAAGUCAUAGAUGACAGCUCGCCUGAGCUUGAGGAGAGGCUGCCGCUUCUCCACACUCCCCGCGAGCAACCACUUCUCCUUCUGGAAGCAUCAGUGCCUGACUCGGGUCCAACCUCUUGUGAGACUGCCCCAAUACCAACAGCGGAUUCCCGCGAGCUACCAGCUGAAGAGGUACUUCUCUUAACAAAAUGCUUUAUCUUAACCCUUGACUUGGUCAUUCUAAAGAUGUUUCUUUCUAGGGUCCAAAUGUAGAAGCGAUAGUCGGAGAAAUAGCAGAUGAGGUUCCUGCUGAACCUAUUCCCAAUGUGGUUGGUGAAGAAUCUGUUCCUCAUGCCCCCCAAGUCAUUGAAGUCGAAGAAAUAGGAGUACUUCCU